GUCAGGACUAUCGAGACGUGCUCCUUCUGUACAUAUUAUGCGCGUCCUAUGCGCCUAUUACAGUAAUUCAUAAACAAGCGCGGCAUCAUUUACUCCAUCAGGAUUUACCUAGGAUCUCACCGGGAUGCACUGGAUUCACUGGGAUUGCACUGGGAUUCCACUAGGAUUCACUAGCAUCUCAUUGGGACUCUUCACUGUCAUCUCACUGGACUGCCAAGUCUCGGGCUGAAGGCUGUGCAUGUAAUAUUGUGGCUCAACCCAGACAAUCAGACCGAUUAGUCCCCAGCUGUGACGACUGCUCCCAAGCUCUCCCCCUCCUUCAGCCCCGCUAUCCGGGAGCGGUUGGGACACAUACAAAUAUCCUUUGUUUGCAUCCCUCCAUCAGCCACUCCUCCAUCUCUGACACUUCCACAUCAUCACUUGCAUCCUGAGAAUCACUCUCCAUCGAGCUCUCUCCCCCUUCUUCAACAUCCCAUAAACCGAAAAAUGGCAUACCAACAACCCUACGGCGGUGGUCCCCCACCUCCAAACCAAUACGGCGCUCCUCCCCCCGGACAGCAGCCUCCAUAUGGUCAACAGCCCCAAUACGGACAACAGCCUCAGUAUGGCGCUCCCCCUCCAGGACAGCCUCAGUAUGGCCAGCAACCGCAGUACGGUCAGCAGCCCCAAUACGGCGCUCCCCAACAGCCUCCAUACGGUCAACAACCCCAAUACGGCGCUCCUCAAGGCCAACAGCCUCCAUACGGCCAGCAGCCACCUUACGGACAACAGCCACAAUACGGCCAGCAGCCCGCCUACGGCGCUCCCCCCCAACAACCGUACGGCGCCCCUCCCCAAGGCCAACAACCCCCCUACGGCGCCCCCCCCCAGCAACAAUACGGCGCUCCCCAACAACCAUACGGCGCCCCCGCUGCCCCUUACGGCCAGCCAGCUUAUGGCCAGCAGUCAUACGGCCCUCCCGACCUCCCCAGCACCGGCUACGUCGUUCCCCCCCCUCCCAUCCAAUGGGACGGCACCCCCGACGCCCGCACCCUCCGCAAAGCCAUGAAAGGGUUCGGCACCGACGAAAAAACCCUAAUCCACGUCCUCGUCUCCAAAGACGCUUUACAAGUCGAUGUUCUCCGCGCUGCAUACAAGAAAGAGCACGGUCGCGAUUUGAUCGCCGAUAUCGCCAGCGAGUGCGGUGGCAACCUGGAGGAGGUGCUGUUGGCUAUUGUGAGGGGCCCGUUGGCGCAGGAUUGUCAUGUCCUACGCACGGGGAUGGCGGGGCCGGGGACGGAUGAGGAGGCGCUGAAUGAUGUGCUUUUGGGGAGGAGUAAUGCUGAUAUCGCUGCUAUCAAAAACCUCUACACGAAAACCUACCGACGCAACCUGGAAGCAGACCUCAAAUCGGAACUGAGCAUGAAAACCGAGCGCCAUUUCCUGAUGGUCGUAGCGGGGACGAGAGCAGAGAGUAGUGCGCCCGUGGUGCCGCAGCAGGUGGAGCAGGAUGUAUUGGAGAUUUACAAGGCGACGGAGGGGAAGACGGGAACGGAUGAGCUGCUUGUUUGUCAGAUUAUGAGUAGCAGGAAUGAUGCGCAAAUUGGGGCGAUUGCGGGGUUGUAUGAGCAGAAGUAUCGGAGGAGUUUGGAGACUGUUAUUAAGAGUGAAUUCUCAGGCCACAUGUCCCGCGCCCUCCUCCACCAACUCCGCACCGGCACCGACCGCGCCCUCCGCGACGCCCUCCUCCUCGAAGACUCCAUGGCCGGCAUCGGCACCAAAGACCGCCUGUUGCUCAACCGCGCCGUGCGCGCGCACUGGGAUAAGGGACAUUUGCAGAGGGUGAAGGCGGCGUAUAGGGCGAGGUUUCAUAAGGAUUUGGGAGCGGCGAUUAGGAGUGAGACGAGUGGGGAUUUUGAGAGGGCGUUGUUGGGGGUUAUUGGGGAGUAGGUGGAGUAGGUGCGUGUGAGGGAA